AUGGUUAAAGCAGAUGAAUACAUCCUUACUCUUUCCUGUCCCGAUCGUCCAGGUAUCGUCCACGCAGUCACGGGAUUCCUCUCCCAGCACAAUCUCAACAUUGUUGAUUCGCAACAAUAUGGAGAUCCAACUUCCCUCCGCUUCUUCAUGAGAGUGCAUUUUGGUCCUCCUGCAUCAUCCACCUCGGACGCCCCAGCCACGAAACUGAGUCUCGAGGAAUUAAAAGGUGCUUUCGAAACCAUCGCUCAGGAAAUGAGUAUGGAUUUUCAACUCUCUUCUCUGGCGACCAAACCUCGUGUUCUCAUCAUGGUUUCGAAAAUCGGUCAUUGUCUUAAUGAUUUACUUUUCCGUCAGAGCAUCCAACAAUUGGGUAUCGAAGUCCCACUUAUCGUUUCCAAUCAUCCGGAUUUCGAACCCUUGGCCAAUACCUACAAGAUUCCCUUCCAUCACCUCCCUGUGACCGCUGCAACCAAAGCAGAGCAGGAGGGCAAAAUCUUGGAAUUGGUCAAGGAGAAUAAUAUCGAUUUGAUUGUUCUAGCGCGAUACAUGCAAGUUUUGAGUCCGACGCUCUGCACGGCGAUGAGCGGGAAGAUUAUCAAUAUCCAUCAUUCUUUCCUGCCGUCUUUUAAGGGUGCGAAACCAUAUCAUCAGGCGUAUGAUCGCGGUGUCAAGAUUAUUGGAGCCACAGCACAUUUUGUCACGAGCGAUUUGGAUGAGGGUCCGAUUAUUGAGCAGAAUGUUGUGAGGGUCGGUCAUGGAUUGAGUCCUAAGGAGUUGACGGUCGAGGGAAGUAAUGUGGAGAGCAAUGUUUUGGCCACGGCGGUGAAGUGGGUUACGGAGAGAAGGGUUUUGUUGAAUGGUCAUAAGACGGUGGUUUUUAAUUAG